GUGCCUUCAAUGCCGCCUGCAGGUGACGUGAAUGUGGCUUAGUGGCGAGAUUCAGCUCACUUUGCCAUUCGAAUCCACUACAACAUCAGCGGCCUGCCGCGGCUAAACCGUGUGUAGAUUCGCUUAACAAGGAUCUGCGCCUCUCUGCCCCAGCCACAAAUCACACUGCGGCCUGAUCACAUUACUUGCAACUGCCCACAAGAACUGAGAGGAGUCGUCGUAAUUUCCCUACAAGUAAGCGCCGCCAUCGCACGUCUUCUCGAGCUUAAAUUGCCCGCCAGCUUGGUUUCUAAGAUCAAAUAUAUUUUAACCUCUUCUCUCUCUGAAUUUGCCAAAUACCCAUCAAACCUGUGAUUCUAGUGUCGCUCAGUCGGUCAAAAUGUCAAGCCAAGAGUACUACGGCGGGGGCGGGGGCCAGCAAUCCUACGGCUACAACCAACCACCCCAGGGCCAGCACCAAGGUGGUCACUCGCCAUAUCCACCUCAGAACCAGUACGCACCUCCCCCGGGCCAGUACGACUCUGCACCUCCUCCCCCGCACCAGGGCCAGUACGGAUCCCCCGCACCACCACCCGGAGGAGAUCAGUACGGCGGCGGCCAGCAGUACGGAUACCCCGGAGGCCACAGUCCUCAGCCGCAAUACGCGCAGCAACCCCCUCAAUACCAGCAAGGCGGUCCGCCUCCUCAUCACCAGCAGCAAGGCAGCUGGGGUCAGCCUUCGCACAGCCCGCAGCCCCAGUACGCUCAAGCGCCUGGCCCGCCACCACCUGGUGCGUACCCCUCGCAAGCUCAAUAUGGUCAAUACGACCAGAGAGGACAGCAAGCGUACGGCCAAGGGCAGCCGGCUCAUGGGCAGGGUGGUGCGCCUCAAGAUGGCGAACGAGGUCUGCUAGGCGCCGCUGGUGGUGCGUUGCUGGGAGGAAUUAUGGGGGUUUCGCAGGGUCAUGGGUUGUUGGGAGCUGCUGGUGGUGCGUUCGCCGGGCACAAGAUCGAGGACCACUUUAAGAAGGGCAAGAACAAGGACAAGAAGCACAAGAAGGACAAGCAUGGUGGUCAUAAGCGCCGUGGGAGCGGUUCCAGCAGCUCCUCGUCUGACUAAUUCUUAUGAUGAAGCGGGUUGACUUGUAUUCGGACUGCUAUGUGUAGGCUAAGUGACAGAUAAUGGGGAUCAUGUCUCGAUGGGAGCAUAAACACUGAAGGCUUUCAUUAGACUGUGGACUCAGUAUAUGAGAUGAAAAGCUGGGUUUCGGCUUGAAUGAUUGUACGUUGCAUUAGGCCAUCAUGAAUGUCACACCCGUUUGUCCUUUCACUUCUUCAGUAUUGGCAACGGAGAUAACCAAAGUUCCUACUAUGCCAGCGAGUACGUACAACCGAUUAUAAUUCAUGUUUGCGUUAUAGUGAUCAGAACGUUACCAACUCUGAUUUAUCCCGAUACCCGGCACGUUCCAUACGCACGAAUGCGAUAAUAGCCAGAAAUGGCUACAU